AAGUUGAUCUAUCUGCCACCAUACUCCCCCGGCUACAAUCCAAUAGAGAUGGCUUCUUCCUUAAUUAAGGCCCAUCUUAGGCGCCAUACGGAGGAUCUUGCAGUCACAGAUAUCAGUGAGGCUUGCUACGCAGUAACACCACAGAUGGCAGAAGGAUGUUUCAAGGAAGCGGGAUACAUUUAG